CUGAUUCGGCAAACAUGCACAUUUCAUGAUUCCCUUUCAUAAAGCCUCUCUCUAUUCCGAGAGGACGGGUGGAGAAAGGUCACUCCCCAGGGAAACUACUCCACCUCGGGGAAAUGCAGGAGCAGACGAGCGGACAUGCAGUCCAGCAGAGGAGGAGCAGGCUUUGAAUUACAGGCCGCCCCCUCUCCAUCACCCAGCCCCCCAAACACAGUCGUUACAUUCAACAGAGGAAGCGGAAAAGGCGAAACAUACUAGACGGUGUUUCAUUUCGAAACCCCGGGGCUGUGGAAAGAACAGAAAGUUCCUUUUUUUAUACCUAAACUUGUCCUCCUUUGUUUUCAUCGUCAGACCAAAGUACCGGCCUUUCCCUCCGUUAUUUCCAUCGUUUCCCCCAGCUGCAAACAGCUGGCAGAAAGCAGCUGUUCGGGAAAAAGGGACGGAGAGUGACCGGAGGAGGAGAGAGAUGCCGCCCCAACCUUCCCAGCCGCAGGUGAGCAAGAAUAUCCUGAAGUUCCUCAAGACUUUUUUGGGAAUCAUCCGGAUCCUGCAGAUUGUGUUCGGAGCCGGACUGUGGGUCACCAUCGCCGCAAACAAAUACGAGGGAUCCAUUCACUUCGUCCUGUUCGUCGCGGUCCUCUUCUGGCUCCUCACCCUCGCUCUUUUCUUCCUCACCCUGCUGGACAAGCAGGACCUCGUCCCGUUGCUGGGAGGGGAGCGCUGGUUGGCCACCAACCUGGCGCACGACGUGGCGGCCGCUGUGCUUUACCUGCCGGCCAUAGCGGUCAUGAUCCACAAGACGGAUCGCAACUCGUACUGCAACUUGGAGCAGUACAAGCACCUCUGCCUGUACAAAGUCUACCUGACAGCCGCCGUGUUCGCCUGCCUGUGCUGCCUGGUUUACCUCCUGUCGGUUAUUUAUGGGGCGUACAGGAAGUGUCGGGGAGAACAGACGGUCGUCUGAUGAGACUGGGGGGGGAGGGUCCUACAGCAAGAUGAGGAAUAGUUAACUUCACUGUAAUUUAACUCAACAGGUACUCUAAUCACAGGUGUGUCUCAAUUGUCUCUCCAUACCAUGUGUUCUACUUUGGUGCUGAAGCAGAAUCAUCCAAAAUGACUCGGUCAGUGUUGCUGACAUGAAAGUAACCCAAGCAGCUGGGGGCAUAAAGGCCACCCAGGAUGGGAGUCUGAUUGGAAGCAUUGUACCCUUGUAUUAAGGCAAAGGUGACUAUGCCUCCAUCUCUUGCAUUUCCCCCCAGUAAUUUAAUGUAAUUUUCCCUCAUGGAGAAUCAUUAUAAUAGUCCUGCCAGUGCAUAUUAUAGUGGGGGAGUAUAAUCAGUGUUUACAAUACAAUGGCCUUGACAUACACACUUGUAGAUUUGUGUCAGUAUACUGAGUAACUGUCCAUCUAAAACCCUUUAAAGAACUUUUUUUUAUCAAAAGAUACUUACCUUUUUAAAAGUUUAUAUUUUCUAUGUGUUUACGUGUUUUUUAUAACAGCAAAACUAUCCUGAAGCAUGACGGACAGAAACUACUUUAGUUUUAUUUUGUUUGACUAAAAAAUUGCAAACUUUGUUGUCAGUGCCUUCUGUCCGAAUGCUGUAUACUCAACAAGGUUGUGACAAUGCGUGGGUUUGGUGCUACAAUGUGGACGCUGAACACAAAUAUUUCUGAAGUUCUCAUUGUAAAGCCCAAGAAUAAAGACCAGUAAGUGUGA